AUGACACUGAGAACCCCCUCUAUACCGGACGAUGAGAAGAGCAGCUUGCAGAUACAACAUGGAGAGGUCGAGGAUGCAGCGAUCGUAGCUGCACUACAAGGCUAUGUGCCAGGUACCGCGGAAGAGAAACGUUUGGUACGAAAGAUUGACUUCGUAUUGCUUCCAAUCCUUUGGUGGAUGUACAUCCUUGCGCAUCUCGACAGGAGCAACAUCGCCAAUGCCAACGCGGCGGGUAUGAGCGAGGAUCUUGGACUCUCUGAUAACCAGUAUGCAAUGCUCGUAUCACUCUUCUUUGUGGCAUACGUCAUCUUCGAGGUUCCUUCGAACAUGAUACUGAUGAAGGUGAAGCCUUCGAUCUAUUUAUCCACGAUCGUGUGGGUUUGGGGUUGCGUUGUUCUCGGGAUGUCACAAACCAAAAGCGCGACAGGUUUGCUUAUUGGACGCUUCUUCCUCGGAGCAAUCGAGGCGGGGUUGUAUCCAGGCGCGCUGUUCAUCCUUACCUGCUGGUACACGAAGAAAGAAGUCGGCAAGCGCUUUUGCAUUUUUUACACGUCGGGCUGCGUGUCUCCCGCACUGGGUGGCAUCAUGGCAGGCGCGGUAAUAUCUAGCCUGGACGGCGCUCGUGGGAUUUCGGGCUGGCGUUGGUUGCUCGUCAUAGAGUCCGCAAUUACGAUUGUCUGUGGUUUCGGGUUGUAUUUCGUUCUUCCCAACUGGCCGAUUGACUCCAAGAUGUUGUCCCCGGAACAGCGCCUUCUUGCUCAUGUCCGCAUUCUCCGCGAUCGGGACGAGUCGUGGGAUACCGAAGAAAAGGCCCUUACGCCACUACAGGCGUUCCUCGCAGUGAUCAGAGAUGGUCGAACCUAUCUUUUUCUGAUCAUCUACACGGCGAAUUGUUUGGCGUUGACCGUGUCUUACUUCAUUCCAACCAUGCUCAGAGGAAUGGGUUAUACGAGCACUAGUGCCCAGUGGAUGACGGUACCCAUUUGGAGUUGCGGCGCGGUAUUUCAGCUCUUUUGGUCAUGGACUUCGGACAAGACACAAGACCGAAGAUGGCACAAUGCUGGCCUGCUUGGGUUUGCUGGAAUCGCUGCACUAGUAGCUCUCCUCGUCAGCAAUAAUGCGGUCAAGUAUGCUAUGUUGUGUGUCCAGACCGGCGCAAUGUACACAACAAUACCUCUGAUUCUCAACUGGACCAGCGAAGUUCUGUCUCAGCCAACACGUAAGCGAUCUAUAGCUAUCGCGUUGGUGAACUCAUUUGGUCACACGAGCUACAUCUACGGAAGCUUCCUGUGGCCCAGCGCCGAGGGGCCACGUAACCUAAAGGGAUUUGCCGUGUCGACUGCCGUCUUGUUCCUCGGCGUCUUGAUAGCUGCAUUGAUGCCAGUGAUCGCGAGUUACCUACCAAAGCCGCAGCCUGACGUAAUGCUGCAUGGACAAGAGUUGUUUGUUGCUGGCGAGGAGAAGCUCGAGAAGCAGGACAAAUGAUCUUGUCGUACAAGAGCGACGAGAAUGCAGGAAGAUGUAUACGAUGCAAGAAUAACCGAGUGACGCAAAAGUGAGGCCGCGAUCGUGGAAGGGAGAUUCGAUGGGCCAGGGUCAGGUACGUACCGAGGUCCCGGCUUCUGCGCGGAAGGCGCGAUGUAGAUCCGCGCCCCAAACCGGUAAAGUCUGUUUUCUCCUGAUCUAGACGUCCUUUCCUGCAUUCUGCAGGCUUACUCAACGACCGUGGGCGUCGCGCUGUCGCAAAGUUCGUAUUUGAACCUUGCGAAUAACAUUGGCUUCAUCUUAUUGUUGCAUCUUGUGUUCAGACGUAUCACUUACGAGGAUCAUGCCCAUCACGCGCUGAAUUGACACGACCUCAACGAGCGUCCGUACAACGCACGGCAAUACUAUUGAGAAUCGUCUCCAUCACCCUAAUCUGCUUGCUUUUGUUUACGUUGGCUUGAACCCGUAGCCCAAGAUUACCC